CCCUAGAAUAGAAUAUAAGGACUGGUGGAAUUCUCAGCGUCACCAUGGAAAGGCCUAACUACAGGAUGUUUGUACAUUAUAUACGUUGAUUCCCAAGAUGGAAGUCUGCGCAGCUCCAGCAGUAGUCGAGGGCUAAUAACCCGCACCAUGGAUAACUUACUGGACUUUGCCUGAAAGGACUCAGUAGUGCCACUGGAUAUUUGACCAUCCUGGCCGCGGGGUUUUUUCAGAAUGAAUGGAAGGUCAUGCAGCAUGAGUCUCCACCGGACAUCAGGAAGCCCACAGGGGCCUGGGAUGGUCAGUGGCCAGUACAUCCCUCCCAUCCGAGCCCACUCUGGGACUCCUGGCCCCUUGGCCUGUGGCAACAUGUUGAGCUCUGCUAUCGGAAGCCUUACUAACAGCGUCCGUCUCAAGAUGGCGUCGGGAGGAGGGCUGGCUCCGCAGGGCAGCGUCACCGAGAGCCCCCUCCAUCUGCCCGCCUUGAGCCCCCGGAGACAAGUGCUCACCAACGGGAAGCCACGAUUCCAGGUCACCCAGGCUGGAGGCAUGUCAGGGCCACACACUUUAAAGCCAAAGCAGCAGGAGUUUGGAAGUCCCUUUCCUCCAAAUCCUGGGAAAGGGGCUCUUGGCUUUGGGCCUCAGUGCAAGUCCAUUGGAAAAGGCAGCUGCAACAAUCUAGUGGUCACCAGCAGUGCCAUGAUGGUUCAGCGACUGGGACCCAGUUCACCUCCAGCAAGCCAGGUCUCUACAGCACGCAACCACAUCAGUCCUAGCUUACAGAGGGCAAUGAAUGCUGCCAACCUGAAUAUACCUCCUUCUGAUACCAGGUCCCUUAUUUCUCGUGAGUCUUUGGCGUCCACGACUUUGAGUCUGACGGAAGGCCAGCCAGCCUUGAGCGUGAAGCAAGAGUGGCCUCCGGGCUACGGGGCGGGCCCGUCGCUGCCCUCCAGCCACGGCCCCCAGAACGGCAUCGAGCUCGGGGACCUGCUUGGCCUUCCCCCGGGGACAGCCAUGUCCGGCAACAGUGUGUCGAGCUCGUUGCCGUCCUACCUUUUCGGCGUGGACAGCGGCCCCUCUCCCCACCCGAGCCCCCGCCCCUCGUCCGCCAGGGCGCACUCGGCCCGCUCCAAGAAGAGGGCGCUGUCCCUGUCCCCGCUGUCCGACGGCAUCGGCAUAGACUUCAACACCAUCAUCCGCACCUCGCCCACGUCGCUGGUCGCCUACAUCAACGGCUCCAGGGCUUCCCCGGCCAACACGUCGCCGCAGCCCGAGGUCUACGGGCACUUCCUCGGCGUGCGCGGCAGCUGCAUCCCCCCGCCGGGCCAGAAGGGCGUGCGCGCGGUGGGCUGCGGCCGCGGCGACCCGGCGCCCCCCGCCUACGGCGACGACGGCGCGCUCGAGUGCGAGCGCAUGCAGCGGCUGGAGCACGGCGCGCCGCCGCCCGGCCUCGCCAGCGCCGCGGUCGUGCCGCGCGGCCUGCCCGAGCCUGCCGGCCUGCUCAAGACCGAGCGCCUGGAUGACUUCCCGGGGGGCGCCCUGGACCUGCCCCCGCUGCCGCCCGCGCCCCAGGGCCCCCCGCCGCCCUACCACGCCCACCCGCACCUGCACCCCCAGGACCUGGGCGCCCGCGCCCCGCCGCUGGCCCUGCCGCAGGCCGCGCUGGACGACGACGGGGAGCUGGACGACGCCGGGGCCAAACACGGCUGUCGCUGGAUCGACUGCAGCGCCCUGUACGAGCAGCAGGAGGAGCUGGUGCGUCACAUCGAGAAGGUCCACAUUGACCAGCGCAAAGGGGAAGACUUCACGUGCUUCUGGGCGGGCUGUCCUCGCAGGUACAAGCCGUUCAACGCCCGGUACAAACUGCUCAUCCACAUGCGAGUCCACUCCGGGGAGAAGCCCAACAAGUGCACGUUUGAAGGUUGCAAGAAGGCCUUUUCAAGGCUUGAGAAUCUCAAGAUUCACUUGCGGAGCCACACAGGCGAGAAGCCCUAUCUGUGCCAGCACCCCGGCUGUCAGAAGGCGUUCAGUAACUCCAGCGACCGAGCCAAGCACCAGAGGACACACGUGGACACUAAACCUUAUGCUUGUCAAAUUCCAGGAUGCACCAAACGCUACACAGACCCAAGUUCCCUAAGAAAGCAUGUGAAGGCACAUUCUUCCAAAGAUCAACAAGCGAGAAAAAAGCUGCGGUCCAGCACAGAGCUACAUCCCGACCUGCUCACGGACUGCCUCACGGUGCAGCCCCUGCCCUCGGCCACUUCCCCGCGAGACGCCACAGCUGAUGGCGUGGUAGGAUGCUCCCCCGGGCCCGGACCUGACCUCUAUCCAGCCUCCAUCUUCUCCAGCAAUCACUCGAGCCGAAGCGCAGCCACCGCCGGGGCCGUGCCAGCCCCGCAUGCUGUCGCUCACCCUUCACCGGGACACAGCACGCAGGGGAGCCCCCACAACCCUGCCCCCCAGUUACCCCCACUCACGGCCGUGGAUGCGGGCGCCGACAGGUUUGUGUCUUCUGCCCCGUCGCCUCACAUCAGCCCCCGGAGGGUUCCAGCUGCUUCUUCAGUCCUGCAGAGAACGCAGGCCCCCCACACCCAGCCGCCACCGGGCACGUCACACCUGAAGGCUUACCAGCCAGAAACAAACUCGUCGUUUCAACCAAAUGGAAUCCAUGUCCACGGAUUUUAUGGGCAGCUCCAGACUUUCUGUCCCCCACAAUACCCGGACUCCCAGAGAGCCACACUACCCAACAGCUCGUGCGGCAUGGCGCCUUCCUUCGAGGACUGCCUGGCCCCCUCGCCCAUGGGGCAGGCUGGCUUUGACGUGUUCCACAGGGCCUUCUCGGCCCACUCGGGCAUUGCAGUGUAUGAUUUGCCGUCAGGCUCCUCCAGCCUCUUCGGGGAGUCUCUGCGCGGCGGGCCUGAAGACGCCACAUUCUUGCAGUUCAGCGCUGUGGACCGCUGUCCUAGCCAGCUCUCCUCUGUCUAUACCGAAAGCUAAAAGCUCGCUUGGCCUCCACUACCACUGGCCUCCGGAACCUUUGUGUUGCUCGCCACCUUGUACUUUCACACCCUCACUGACUGCAUGGAAAGGACUUCAGCCACGUCCGCGGGCCCUGCAAAGUCACAGGCAGGACCGGUCAGGGCCGGCCUUUCCGGGGCCUUGUGCGGUUGCUGCUCUUUCUCUCUGGCUUUGCUGGUGAGCUGCUGGACGGUCUCUUCAAAGGGAAUUUAGAGUCACUCUACUGGACACCUGUUCCUUCCAGCUGUCAGCCCUCAAAGGACACCGUUGAAAUGACGCACACGUGGAAUUGUAGUUUGGGGAUCACCCGGCACCAAACUCCAAGGAGGGAAGGAAAACCCAGGUUGCCCGAAGCACCGAGAACUGCCUCUCCCCGUGCGCGUCCUCCCUGCUGGCCCUGAGGACCAGACGAGGGAAUUCUGCACCCAAAGCUCCGCUCGGGCUCAGCUCUCAGAGGAGCCCUUCCCCGGCACCCCAGCGAGCUGGCUGCGUCUCCGCUCUUCCUCCCCCUGCGCUAACCGAUCGCUUUUCAGUAUUUCUCCCAGAAGCAAGAUGAAGUUCUAUAAGCACAGUCCCUUGAAAGGCACUACAACCUGUUUUAUAUUCCAGCAACUUAUCUUAGUUCUUUUAUGCUAAAGACUUGUUAUUUACACCUACUUUUAAAGGAAAAGAAAUAUUUAGAGGUCUCUUCUUUGGAUGGAAAAAAUUAUCUUAAUCAGCCCAGCUACAUCCAUUUUUGCCCCAGCCGGUGCUCCAC